ACUAGAGGGUGUUAAGUCGACAAAUACACGUGGUUUUGUGUACGUCCGAAGGAAGCGAUGAGUUUCCUGAAGAGAAAGGAGUUUGUAGAAGAAGGCGAUACUGUCAUCGUGUAUUUAAGCGUUCAAAAUAUCUACUCCAUACGAACCUCUAAAGGGAAGGUAUUUCAAACGAAAUACGGAGCGUUGAAACACGACGAUGUCAUCGGAUCUCGUUACGGCUGUCGCGUUAAUUGCACGCGCGGUUGGGUGUACGUUUUGUUUCCCACUCCGGAAUUGUGGACGGUGACUCUUCCCCACAGGACUCAAAUAUUAUACACUCCCGACAUCAGUCUCAUAGUCCUCGGACUCGAUUUGAAGCCCGGAUCCGUCGUCUACGAAGCCGGAACCGGUAGUGGAUCUCUAUCCCAUGCCAUUGCCCGCACAAUAGCCCCAAAUGGUCAUCUGUACACGUUUGAUUUUCACGAACAGCGUGUUAAUAUGGCAAAGGAAGAAUUCGAUGCUCACGGACUGUCGGAAAUUAUUUCCGUUUCUCAACGCGACGUCUGUACGGACGGAUUCGACGUAUUAGAAAAGGCCGAUGCGGUGUUUUUGGAUCUGCCGAGACCCUGGGAAGCCAUGACGUCCUUGCGGAACAUAAUGAAAUCGAGCGGGAGUCGUCUAUGUUCCUUUUCGCCUUGCAUCGAACAAGUUCAGAAAACGUGUCGGCGACUGGACCGUCUCGGUUUCUCCGACGUCACCACCGCCGAAUGCCUGCUCAGACCUUACGAGGUGAAAAGAGUGUCCAUGCCCGUCUUCCAGCCUUCGCAGGACGUGAUCGAAGACGUGGCCGGGGGAAGCGAACAAUCGAGCGGAGAGGAGGCGACCGCCAAGAAGUCAAAGCACUGCUUGCCCCGGAGCCGGGGAGGUGAUGGGACAACUACGGCAAAUUUCUGGUCUGCCCUCCCUACCUCGCAGAUUACGGGUCACACUGGUUAUCUGACCUUUGCAACCCUGUAUCCGGGUAGCUGAGGUAGAACGCCUUGAGAACAAGGCUACCUUUCCCCCCGGUGGGAAAUUUCUGCUCCUCGCAACCUCAGAUCGGAUGUAAACGAUAAAGUUCUUCUAAUAAACAUUUACAUCUGGU